UCGCCCACCCUUCUCUUUCCAAGUUGGGGCAGACGUCAAUUUUAAUCCGCAUAUAGCAGGAGGAUAGGGGGGUGCCCAUUUUUUUCUCUUAUUGUCUGUUUGGUGGUUCUGUUUCCUGUGCGGUCCCUUGUCUGAGGAGAACUAUGCUGCACAUGACUGUUGGACGUGUGGGAAGCCUGCUGACCAGGCGUGGGGUCAUGGCACUGACCAGUGGCAAUGUCAGGAUGGCAAGCCAUGGUCACGGGGUGUCUGAGCAGGCAGACUUGUCUCUCCCCAUGUACUGGGACCGCCUGGACACCCCGCUGCCCGAUAAAGCCUACAAGGACGACCUCACCGCUGCAGACAAGAGUCUCAAGCAGAAAGAGAAGGGGCCCUGGACACAGCUGACAAAUGAGGAAAAGAUUGCCCUGUACAGGAUCGCGUUCAAGGACACAUACCCAGAGAUGAAGGUGCCCAGCCAUGAAUGGAAGACGGUGGUAGGAGGUAUCCUCAUCUUCAUCGGCAUCACCGGUCUGAUUGUUAUCUGGCAGAGCCACUUUGUCUACCCACCAACCCCUCACACCUUUGCCCCAGAGUGGCAGGCCAAGCAGACCCAGAGGAUGUUGGACAUGAGAGUCAACCCCAUAGAGGGCUUCGCCACCAACUGGGACUAUGAGAAGAAGCAGUGGAAGUAGACCUGAGCUCCAAAUCUGUGUGUCCUUAGGCAGGGUGGGACAUGACACAUUGCAGCCUUUCUGUAAAUACCUGCCAAUCUCUCCUGCCAGAGAGUCCUAACUGAUUUCAUUGGUUCCCGUCCAUUCAACACAUAGAAAACACCACGCACUCUAUCAUUCAAUGUCAUUAAUGAACAAAGAAAACAAAGGUUAUAACUUCAGGUUUCUGUCAUUGGCAUUUUACCUGUGUCCAGUGUGUUUGGAAUUCAGUUGACAUUUUCAAAUGUGAGAACAUUUCAACAUGAUUUCCACUGAUUUAUCCAGUCACAAUGUGCAUCAUAGGGAUGUACAUCCACAUUCUUGAGUGGGUGUUAAAACUAUACAUUCAGUAUUGUGUUCUCAACAUUUGAAACCAAUACUGCAUGCUUUCUGUUCUGUCUGUAAACUUUUAGGGUACACAUGUUUAUACUGCCUUGAAGUGCAGAAAAAGAUGAGUGAAAUAUGGUUUGUUCACACUCAAACACACCACAUUGAACAUACUGUACAAAUGUCUUCACAAGGUGGCUAAAAAUUAAACCUUACAGUUCAAAACA